AUGCUUUUAAAAAAUUUCCCUUCUUUCGUGCCACUCUAUCAGAAGGGAGCCAUAUUUUUGCUUCUCCAUCUCUCUCCCUUCUCUGCUCUUCAUCUGUAUUUUAUGAUGUUUUCUUAUCUUUGUACCUUCCUGACAUUUCUCUCUUUCUUGCUCACCAUUCCAACUUUGUUUCACUUUAAGACAUUUUUCUCUCUCUCUGUUUCUGCCCAAACUCUCUCUCUCGUUCUGAAGUUUGUUCUUUUUCUUUUGAAUUCUUCACAAUCUUUUUCACCUUAUGUCCUUUGCCAAUUAUUUCUUUCUUUUUCCACUUCAUUUCAUCAUAUAUCUACUAAAUGGUCCAGUUGGAGGUACACAGUGAUAAGUUCUGUCUUCACUGUUCCUGCUACUCUUCAGCUGUAUUUUUGUUUUGCUUUGUUCUUCUCUUUCUCUUUUCUUUUCUUUUUUUCUUUUUUUUAUUUUUGCUCUCUAACCCAUUUUGUGUUCUUUAUCCUAUAUUUUUUUUUUCCUCUCUUUUAUUUUGUGCUGCUCACACACUUUAUUUUUUCCUCACCUUUAUCUCUUUCUUUUUUGCUGGCCUUUUUCAUUCUCUCUACACUUCCUUGCUGUCUCACCUUUUUUUUGCUUUCUCUUCACUUUCAUAUUUCUCUCUCCUUUCAAUCUAUUUUCUUUUUUUCUUUUGAUCUAUUUCCUCUUUUAGGUUGCUAUCCUUUCUUUUUUAUCUUCUUUUUCUUGAUAUUUUUUUUACCAUUUCCACAUUUCUUUUUUUUAUCAGAUUAA